GGUGUGGGGUUGGGGAGGAGGAAAGACUUGAACAUGACGACAGUUAAGUGCAAGGAGACAGUAAAAGACAGCUAGCAACGAAGGAGGAGGCUCACCUACCGUCUCUCUCUCUCUCUCUCCAUACCCCCAUCUCCCCGUCUCUCUCUCUCUCCUCCCAUUCCCUCCCUUUUUAGUGUUUCUCUCUCUCCCCCCCUGUUCUCCCAUUUCAAACUUCACUCCCAAACCCACCUCUCUCUCUCUCUCUCUCUCUCUCUCUCUCUGUUCUGGGUUCACUAUAUUAUCACCAUUUUUGUUCAACAGUGGUGUAGGGGUCUAGGAGAAUAGGAGUUUUUAGGGUUUAGUGUAAUAUAAAUCAAAGACAGCAAAUAUUUCCAGGAGCUUCGGGCUGGAAUUGUCUCAGGAGGUAGUAGAAUAUUGUUAAUACUUCAGUUCCCAGGUUUUACGGCAUAUCUGCGGAGCUACAUUUCAAGUCCUUCCUUGUCUUUCUACAAACAUAUCCAAGGAAAAUCACCAAGGGGAAAAAGGGAAAAUGGCCGGGACUGAUUUUAACGAGGAGAUAGACUGCGGCAGCUUCUUUGAUCAAUUCGACGACUUGAUCGAAUUCCCCACCGAUGACAAAUGCAACGAUUUUCCGAGCAUUUGGUCGUCGGAGUCUUUCUCGGGUGCGGGUCCGAUUUUCUCCAUCAACAACAGCAGUACCGUGUCAGACCUUUCUGCCGAACUCGCCGUUCCGGUUCCGUACGAAGACGUCGUGCAUCUCGAAUGGCUUUCAAACUUCAUGGAUGAUUCUUUCUCCGAUGGAGGCAUGACCCUCGAGCAACAGAAUUCUACACUCAAGAAGGAGCCCUCUCACAAUCAAUUCAAGACUUCCAGUCCUGUCUCCGUUCUCGAGAGCAGCAGCAGCAGCAGUUCUUCCAGCUCGGGCGAGAAGGCCGUUGUGCCCAUCAGCUCGACUCAACUUGGUCUUCAGCGAGCUCGUAGCAAGCGCCCUCGCCCGGCAGCUUUCAACCCCCGCUCGGCGAUUCAGCUCAUCUCGCCAAACUCCUCGGAAUCCGAGAAUUUUGUGGAGUCCGACCCUAUAAACCAGAUUCCAAAGGCUGCCGCAGCGGAACAUAAGAAGAAAAAGAAAGUGAAAUUGUCGCUUCCUCUGGCUCCUCCUGUUGAGACGAAUCCAACCCACCCGCCAGCGCAAUCUGUUAGGAAAUGCAUGCACUGUCAGAUAACCAAGACGCCGCAGUGGAGGGCUGGUCCAAUGGGCCCGAAAAGCCUCUGCAAUGCUUGCGGGGUCCGGUUCAAGUCGGGCAGGCUAUUCCCUGAAUACCGGCCCGCGGCGAGCCCAACGUUCGUUCCGUCGUUGCACUCCAACUCUCACAAGAAGGUCAUUGAGAUGAGAAGCAAAGGUGGGGAGAAAAGUUCCGCGGUUAUGAAUGCGCCAAGUGUUGAGCCAGAACUCAUCCCAAACAGUUAUCCUUCAGUGGGUUACAAUUGAGCGAUCGGUAUAUCUUGUUACUGCCUUUCUUUACUCCGUCGGUCUUCAUGUUCUCUCUCUUGCUGGUUUGUCCAUUUUCUUAGUUCAUUUGUUCAUUGUACAGAGCUGUGAUGUGGGGGGGGAUAGGAGUUUACUUAGAUGUAGUAGAGAAAAAGGAAUGGAAUGAGAUUAGUGAAACAAGUACUAGCAAUCAAGGCAAUGCUUAGUUUAUUAUGUCUAGGGCUCAGAUUUAGUUAUGCUUAGGGCUUCUGUAUUAAUAGGUUUGGGUCAGUGUCCGCUAUUUAGCUUGUGUUUUUGGUAUUUGUUAUUCUUUUUGCAGUUAAAUUGUAAGUAGGAAUCUGAGACUAGUAAUGGAGUUUUGGUUCAUUUUUAUUCA